AUGAAAUUCGCGUACAACUGCUUCAUCAAGCCUCAUGCCAAGGAUGUCGAGGGUGGCGUGAUGAUGGGGCAACAAGCGAGUUUGGAGGGUUUCUACAAGGGACAGGCGGAUGUUUAUGAUUUGACGAGGGGACGGUUGUUGAGGGGACGCGAGACGAUGUUGAGAUUGGUUAGUGGUGAGGUUUUGGCGAAGCGUGUUGCUUCCCACAGUUCCGAGAAGAAGGUUUGGAUUGAUGUUGGCGGCGGUACGGGCUGGAAUAUCGAGCAGAUGUCCAAACACCUCUCGAUGCCCAUCACCCAAUUCUUCGACAGGAUCUACUUGGUCGACUUUUCCCCUUCCCUCUGCGCCAUCGCGCGUGAACGCUUCGAUUCCCUCGGAUUCACGAACGUCGAGGUCGUAUGCGCUGAUGCGGCACAAUGGACCGAUACGUCCGUUCCAGAUGGGAGCGUGGAGUUGAUCACCUUCUCCUAUUCAUUGAGUAUGAUCCCGCCAUACCUAAGCGUGAUCGAGAAAGCGAAUCGACUGUUGAGCGCAGACGGACUCAUCGCUCUCGCGGAUUUCUACACCGGGACCUCCUCCUCCUUACCCUACACCCACCCCUCCCGCUCCACCCCCGGUCACCACGUCUCCUGGCUCGCACGUACGUUUUGGCGAUUAUGGUUUGAAGCGGACAACGUCCAUCUCGAGCCCGGACGUAGAGCGUACCUGGAGCACGUAUUCGGGACCGUGAAGGUUUUGAAUGGGAGGAAUAGGGGCUUGGGAGGGAUCCCGUAUUGGGUUUGGGUUGGGUGUAAGAGAGAGAGGGGAUACGGCAACAUCGGGCGCGUCGACGAGAUCGCUACUGAAUCGCCGUAUCUCCGCCCCAAGGGUUUGGUGGAGCACGAUGCAUCCUCAACCACGGCGAUCGUUCACACCAAAGCCUACGAUGCCGCGAUCGUGAAUCUGGCGGCUGGGUUGCCGUUGCCGAGUUUUUAUUAUCAGAGUCAUUUGUGGCGGAUUCCGUAUGAGCAGGAAAAGGAGAAACAUACCCAGUUCGAUACGUAUAUCUAUGCGUUUACGUGGGAGGAUCCGAGGGAGGAUUUAAACGUCCUCAAGGUCAGGGAGGAUGACGUGAUUGUCUGUAUCACCUCCGGAGGCGACAACGCCCUCGCCUACGCCCUCGGCGCGAAGAAACCGAAGAGGAUUCAUUGUGUUGAUUUGAAUCCUUGUCAGAAUCAUCUCGUUGAACUCAAGUUGGCGGCGUUUACGGUGUGUGGGUAUGAGGAGUUUUGGAGGUUGUUUGGGGAGGGGUGGCAUGUGGAUUUUAGGGGGUUGUUGUUGAAGAGGUUGGCGCCGCAUCUCAGUGCUCCCGCGCUUGAGUUUUGGGUUAGGAAUGCGGGGAGUUUCGCGAAGGUCGGGGGGUUGUAUGAUUCGGGGCAUUCUGGUGUGGCUAUCAAGGCUGCGAGGUGGUUGCUCCGGAUCUUUGGGUUGGGGGGUGCGGUGAGGGAGAUGUGUCAGACGAAGACGUUGGAGGAGCAGAGAAGGGUUUGGAAGGAGAGAAUUAGGCCCGUGUUGUUGAGUGGGUGGGUCAACAAGGUCUUAUACGCUAACCCGGUCUUCCUCUGGAAAGCGCUCGGCGUGCCGAUCAAUCAGUGGAAGAUGAUUUUGGCGGAACAGACGAUGUUUGAGUAUGUCGCCAACACGUUCGAUCCAGUCAUUGAGAGUACGUUGUUGAGGGAUGACAAUUACUUUUAUUUGUUGUGUUUGACGGGGAGGUUUACGAAGGAGUGUCAUCCUCAUUAUCUUGAUGAGGAGAGUCAUGAGAAGUUGGGUCAGCCGGGUGCGUUGGAUAUGUUCCGUUUGCAUACGGAUUAUAUCGGUGAUGUUCUCCGUACUCUCACCCCCGGAACAGUGACGAAGGCGGUGUUGAUGGAUCAUGCGGAUUGGUUCGAAGAGGGAGGUGAUCGUGCUGAGAUUCGUGGUGAGUUGUCGGUGCUCCGCCGUGCCAUGAAAGUCGGGGGUGAAGUUCUUUUCCGCUCUGCGGCUAUGCAGCCGUGGUAUGUCGAAGAAUACGAACGUGCCGGGUUCAGGUGUCGUCCGGUCGAGGUGAGGAGUAAAGGACGGUGUAUCGAUCGUACGAACAUGUAUGCCAGUACGUGGUUGGCGGUGUUGGAGGAUAAAGAGGAGAAUGCGAUUCCGAGUUUGAGGUUGGGGGUGGGGAUGUGUGAGGACAGGUGA